CUCUUUGUCACUCAGCUCUCCGCUUUCUCGCUUCGGUCCUUUCCUGGUGCUGCCGAACGGCCCAACGUGUUCGGUGAAGAUGGCACUCUACAAUUUCAAGAAGAUUAUGGUGGUCCCCACCUCAAAGGACUUCAUCGACAUCACUCUCUCUAAGACCCAGCGGAAGACGCCCACGGUGGUGCACAAGCACUACCAGAUCCACCGCAUCAGGCACUUCUACAUGCGCAAGGUCAAGUUCACCCAGCAGAACUACCACGACCGCCUCUCGCAGAUCCUCACAGACUUCCCCAAACUUGACGAUAUCCACCCGUUCUACGCCGAUCUGAUGAACGUGUUGUAUGACAAAGACCAUUACAAGCUAGCCCUCGGGCAGAUCAACAUCGCCAAAAACCUCAUCGACAACGUGGCGAAAGACUACGUGCGUCUGAUGAAGUAUGGAGACUCGCUGUAUCGCUGCAAACAGCUAAAGAGAGCCGCUUUGGGACGCAUGUGCACCAUCGUCAAGAGACAGAAACAGAGUCUGGAAUACCUGGAGCAAGUGCGCCAGCAUCUCUCCCGUCUGCCAUCCAUCGACCCAAACACCAGAACACUGCUGCUGUGUGGAUACCCCAACGUGGGCAAGUCCAGCUUCAUCAACAAGGUGACCAGGGCAGAUGUGGAGGUCCAGCCGUAUGCCUUCACCACCAAGUCUCUGUUUGUGGGACAUAUGGACUACAAAUACCUCCGAUGGCAGGUAGUGGACACCCCCGGUAUCCUGGACCACCCCCUGGAGGAGCGCAACACCAUCGAGAUGCAGGCCAUCACGGCCCUGGCCCACCUGCGCUCCGCCGUCCUCUACGUCAUGGACGCCUCGGAGCAGUGCGGACACACACUCCAGCAGCAGCUGCUCCUCUUCAACAGCAUCCGCCCGCUCUUCGCCAGCAAGCCCCUGAUUGUCGUGGCCAAUAAGAGUGACGUGAAGAAGAUCAGUGAGCUGUCCGAGGAGAAUCAGAAAAUCUUUUCUGAUCUGGUGUCAGACGGAAUCCCAGUGAUUGAAACCAGCACCUUGACUGAUGAGGGCGUCAUGCAAGUCAAGACUGAGGCUUGUGAUAGGCUGCUGGCGUUCCGUGUGGACUCCAAGAUGAAGGGCAAGAAGGUUCAUGAUGUGCUCAACCGGCUUCACCUGGCCGUACCCAACAAGAGAGACAACAAGGAGAGACCUCCGUUCAUCCCUGAGGGAGCUGCUCUGAAGAGGAAGACCAUGGAGGUGGACGCUCCCAAACGCAGAUCGGAGAGAGAUCUGGAGCUGGAACUGGGUGAUGACUACAUUUUGGACCUGCAGAAGUACUGGGAUCUGAUGAACACCGACGAGAAACAGGAUAAGAUUCCCGAGAUCUGGGAGGGCCACAACAUAGCAGACUACAUCGACCCCGAUGUCAUGAAGAGGUUGGAGGAGCUGGAGCGUGAGGAGGAGCUGAAGGAGCGUGCGGGCGAGUACGACUCGGACGAGGAGAGCGAUGACGAGGAGAUGCAGGAGAUCCGGGAGCUGGCCAGCCAGAUCCGAGAGAAGAGGAAGCUCAAGAUCCUGGAGUCCAAGGAGAAGGAGACGCUCGGCCCCCGAAUGCCCCGCACCGCCAAGAAGGUGGAGAGAGCUACUCUGGAGAAGGAGAUGACAGGACUGGGAUUAGACAUGAACGACAAAGAUGAGUCCCACUACGCAGAGAACGCCCGGCGGUCCCGCAGCGUUGCUAAGAAACGCAAGCGUGAUGCGUCAUCAGAGCCCGCCACCUCUCUCGCUCGCACCCGCAGCCAGAGCUCGUCACGACCCCCCCGAGACAAGUCAGGCCUCCGAGACGUCACGAUGGUGAAGAAGGUGAAGGUGAUGAUGAAGAGCGGCCAGAGGGACAUGAACCGCGGCGGACGCAAGGGCGAGUCCGAUCGCCACGUCUUCGACCUGAAGCCCAAACAUCUGCUCUCCGGCAAGAGGAAGAGCGGCACCAACAGCCGCCGAUAAACACACACACACACACACACACACCUACCUAGUGUCUCUUUCACACACUCGUACUCAUAUCUGGUGUCUCUCCUUCACACACACACACACACACACACACAGUUAUACACACACACGUUAAUACAUAGACCAAAAAAGUGAACAACCACACACACACACACAGCUGUUGGGCUGUGAACUAAAAAGCCUGUCUGUAGAGUAAAUAACCCAAUUAUGUCCGUAAUAAAUACAUUCAUUUGA